AUGAUUAACACAAAAACUACUGGUUAUCGAUCUCUAUCCUACUGCCUACCCUUAAUAAUCUAUAUCUUGCUAGUAUUUCCACAUUCUAUCGCAACUUCACAACUCAAUUUAUCAUCAUGCUUGCUACAAUGUCGACUCAGUAUCAAGGAAGGACCACGGGCUCACGUCAAUUUUACACAAAUGCUUAAAACGGAAUCAAUACGAGCAAUUUUCUUCGAUCUGUACAUAGGCAAUAAAACUACUCAUAUUGGCACUCGCAGGACUAUAUUCUACGCAUGGAUUAAGAAAAAUCUCGGGAAAGGUGUAUUUACUUUGCCUAGCGAUUACAUUGCUUUAACAUUUAGUCUUUACGCCGUUUUCAUAUCGAAAUUGAAAAUUUCUUUCCAAGAAUCAUCUCCCGGUUGUUAUCAUCGCUUCCAUGAUGAUUAUUGUAAGGGUUAUAUUACUUUUGCAGCCUUAACUGAUUUUACUCGAUUAAAGGAAAACUGUACUAACGACAGUUGUGGAACUAUUUGCAGAAGAAAUUAUACUAAACAUGAUGGUUGGCUUGGCGAUAAAAUUGUCUUUUCAUGCUGUCAUAAAGAUUUAUUGACUGGAGAUAUUAAUAUUGAUAAAUGUUUGACAGAAGAGAGGGCUGAUUGGUAUGUCUCACUAAUGCAGGCGGUUUCUACUAUAAUAAGUAUCCACCUAGGCGGAAUGGCUUUGAACAGAUUCAUCAAUAAAUACUUGGAUCGUCAAAUAUUGUAUACUACAAUCGGAUCUAUACGUGUCCGCAUAUUGAAUCCUUCACCAUUGCAAGACUUAGGCAUGAUUCCAACAAGAAUAAUCAAGGUGAAAGAUAAAGUUGAAGAUGAAAUGAAUGCCCUGUUAAACGCUAAGAAAGGUGUUUUAGAAGUUUAUUUAGCCAAUGGUUACGAUGAGAUCAAAAUUGAUGUACCAGCAAAGUUGAAAGACCCAAAAGUCAUGAAAAAUUUGAAAAAGUACAUCUCGUGGAUAUUAAAUCAACCUCAUCAUCAGAUUUUUGAUGGAAUAUCUAAAAUUGUUAUACAAUAUGAAAUCAAGACUGUCAACGAUAAUCAAAAGCAGACUACAGUAAGCUUAUUACAAUGUACAAAUGGCUGUGAAAAUUGCCCAUAUUCGCAAGGUUUCCAACAAGUAAAACAUUGUAUUGAAAAUCAUUUAAAUAUCAAUAACUCACAAGAUUUCAUUAAAUGGACAAAACAAGUCUACUUUAUUCACGAUGAUAUAGCUCAUCAUAAGCUCAUAUCAAUUCCAUCUGAGCUGUAUCAAUACCUAAGAUAUUAUGUACCAAUGAUAUCAUCAAGUUUAUGGCGAUUAAUAUCUAGCAUUAUUCUUGCAUCAGGUCUACUUUUCAUAUUUGUUCUGACAAUAUUACUAGAUUACCGAACGCAAUUAUUUUCAUCAUUAAAUUCUGCACUCGCACAUGUACCGAAUAUUUACUUAGCAACUAUUCUAUCAAUGAAUUACUUAGUGGCAACAGAAAUAGAUGAAGAAACUAUUGAUAGAAUACUGAUUGCUAAUAUUAUUCAAUAUAGACGAGGCUAUCGAUUAUUUUUAGAAAGAGGUAUUUAUUUUCAGCCCAUCCUUCAGUCGUUUAGAGCAACUUUUGAACAUUACCAUAGAAAAAAUAAGACUAUAAAAUUUUAUAUACCUGAAGUAGAUUCAAAUAGUAAUCGAUCAGUAGGAAGCACAGUUAGUAGCGGAAAUCAAUCUGUUAUCACAACAGAAGCUAAUAGUGAUAUAACCCAAUCAAUUAACAGUCCGUCAACAGAAAUAGCAACGGAUAGUGCAUUUCAAUUAAAUACUGGUCAUUCAGCAGCUGAGAUUCAUAAUGUCCAAACUAUUGAUGAUGCCUAUAAGGACGGUGUAGAAGAAGAAAUUUCCAUUCAUGAAAAUCAGUCUAAUCAAGCAAAUUCACUUAUAUAUAAAGGAGAAAUCCAAUUUCGACUUAUUUUUCAAGCAAUUAAAAAUAUUUUUAUACGUACUUCUAACUCAAGUGAAAAUAGUGCAAUUGCUGAACGCGUAGGAAUUAAAGGAGAACGUGAGCCUCUGGUAGAUAAAUUUGCUACUGAUCCUAUUGCAUAG